AUGCCCGUGGUCGUAUGGUCCUGCGAGGACGAGGGCGAAAACCCAUUCAAAGCCCCGGAUCCGUCAGUUUCUUCUGGAUCGCGCAUCGGUACUAACGAAGAUGCGUCAGGAUACCCGCCAACGAUCAUUGUUCAGGAGUCGAGCGCGGGCGACACGGAGACAAUAUCCUGCCGUGUCGUGCUCUCGAGCGAUGUAGACUACGUGAAGGAACUCUAUGCCUACCUCCAAGAUAUUGGACAACUCCUGUUCAUCUUCACAGGACCGGUGACGUAUCCAAAGCCGAUGCCACCUACAAUGUCACGCGGUGUCCAUAAAGACAGAUCCCGAACACUUGCGAAAUGGACCUGGCAUGGCACCGACUGUCCCAUCGAGGAGGCGAAACAGUUUAUCGCAUACAAAGCGUUGGUGAAACUCCGACAGAAAGAUUCGAGGACGGGUGCGUGGACUGACCAUAUUCCUGAAGAUACCUCGUCGAGUCCGAUGGAUUCUGGCCACGGUGUGAAAGACUAUAUCGCCGAUUUGAAGCGUCGCUUACUCCUCCCAUCUGAUAUUGACGAGGAAGUACUUCUGUGGAUGUACGGUCAAGAACCAUCUGCGUUCGCUGGACCCGACUAUACCAUGCGCCCCCAAGUCUCUCACCCAUUGGACGAAGACACCACAGCCAUCAACUCGGCAGAUCACUACUCACAACGUCAUUAUGCACAUCUCUACUACAAUGGAGUCGCCUUUGGCUUGGGAGCCUCCAACAACAGUAAAACCGCCAGACAGUUGGCCGCAUAUUCGGCGUUGAAGGGGAUAGAAGUCCCAGAAAUGACGGAGUUUCCAAUGGAAGAGGAGUACAUCUAUGACGACGAUGUAGAAGAAUUCAGCACUCCGUGGAAGGUCACUGACGAUUUUUGGAAAAAGCCAUCAUCGCCGGUCAUGGACAAUAGUGGACAAGCGUCAAAUUUAACUGAUCAUCAACCACUUCUACCAAUUGCGGUCACGGAUUCAGAGCCUAGACAGAGCCUCCUUGACCGAAUGACUUACUACGGGGAGCUAAAGUCGGCCGUUUCUGCGAAGGAUUUUCAGAAGAUCCUCGAUAAGGUCAGAGGUGAAUGGCUGACGGUGUUACCCCUCUUGCUCGCAACUGUCGCAAUUUAUGGGGCUAUGUUAGCCAUUCCGCCGGAUGAUUCUCUCUUUCGGAUCGGCAUCAUCGCGAAGACGGUUGUUCCUGCUGGACUAGUGGUAUCAACUAUCGGUGUUUGUGUUGAUCUCUGGUUCACGAUCACGUUUUGGCAUAUCGAUGGAGCUCAAUUUGAGACACGAGCUCGGGACUAUCACUACGAUACUUUCCUAUUCUUCGCCAUCACCUCUAAACUACCCAUAGCCAUGUUCGCUAUCUCUGCCGUUGCCGGCGCCACGUUCGCCCUCACUGUCGUCUGGUCAGUGUAUCCCGCGGUAGCCAUUGUUUUCUUCAGUUUCGGUCUCGCCUGUUGUCACAACGUUCGUCGGUCGGGCAUCACUUAG